AUGUCGGACCCCAGGGACAUUGAUGAGGACGCUAUCCUCAAGGGUUUGAGUCCUGAAGAACUGGACCAGCUGGACUAUGAACUGCAGGAGAUGGACCCCGAGAAUGCCUUGCUGCCAGCUGGCUUCCGGCAGCGCGACCAGACAAAGAAGAACCCGACGGGACCGUUCGACCGAGACGCUCUGAUGCAGCACCUGGAAAAGGUGGCGAUGGAACAUCCGGACCGGGAGGAGUUGGUGCCCUUCACGGGGGAGAAAAAAGGAAAAGCCUUUGUGGCCAAAAAGGCAGCUGAAAUUCCUGCACACGAGCAGGUGAUCCUGGAACCGGAGCUGGAGGAAGCGCUCAAGAACGCCACCGAUGCAGAAAUGUGCGACAUCGCAGCUAUCCUGGGCAUGUACACGUUGAUGAGCAACAAGCAGUACUACGACGCUUUGGGCACCACCGGGACAAUCGCCAACACCGAGGGCAUCAACAGUGUGGUGAAAGAAGACCCCUUCAAGAUCUUUCCUGAUGAGCCACCCAACCCCACCAAUGUGGAGGAGACCCUGGAGAGGAUCCACAACAAUGACAGCAGUCUGACCCAAGUCAACUUCAACAACAUCAAGGACAUUCCCAUCCCGACACUGAAGGAGAUCUUCGAGGCCAUGAAGGGAAACUCUCACGUGGAGGUUCUGAGCAUCGCCGCCACCCGAAGCAACGACCCAGUGGCCUUUGCGUGUGCAGAAAUGCUGCGGGAGAACACCAACCUGCAGAGUCUUAACAUCGAAUCCAACUUCAUCACUUCCGACGGCAUGAUGGCCGUCAUCAAGGCUAUGGCUAACAACGCUACGCUGGUGGAGCUCAAGAUCGACAACCAGCGACAGAAACUUGGCGACUCGGUGGAGAUGGAGAUCGCCGCCAUGUUAGAGAACAACUCCAGCAUGCUCAAAUUCGGCUACCAUUUCACGCAACAGGGCCCGCGCGCCCGUGCCGCUAUGGCUAUCACGCGAAACAACGACAUGCUUCGGCAACAGAGGCUGAGAUGA